AUGGCAUUCAAGUUCCAGUUUGUAUUCGCACUCGCCUUCGUCGCUGUUGCCAGCGCUGGCUAUGUACCAGUUGCCCCAGCAUACCACGCCGCACCAGCCGUCGCUGUGCAUUCAGCACCUGUAGCUGUAGCUCAUUCAGAGGAAUACGAUCAUCAUCCUCAAUACAAAUACUCUUAUGGCGUUGAGGACAAACUGACCGGUGAUGCCAAGAGCCAAGUGGAGGAACGUGAUGGUGAUGUGGUCCGUGGUGAAUACUCCCUCAUCGACGCUGAUGGUUACAAACGCACUGUUCAAUACACUUCGGAUGACGUGAAUGGUUUCAACGCCGUCGUCAGCCGUGAACCUUUGGUUAAAUCCGUUGCUGUAGCUCCAGUUGUAAAGACAGUUGCUCCAGUUGCCCACUAUGCUGCUCCUGUUGCUCAUUAUGCCGCUCCUUCCGCUCACUACUCAGCUCCUGCUGUGGUCAAGACUGUUGCCCCGGUUGCUCACUACGCCGCUCCAGUCGCCCACUACUCAGCCCCUGCUGUGGUUAAGACCGUUGCCCCAGUUGCUCAUUAUGCUCCUGCUCCAGUGGCUCACUACUCCGCUCCUGCGGCUCAUUACUCUGCACCAGCUGCUCAUUAUGCUGCUUACUCAUCUCCAGCCGUCGAGUACCAUCAUUAA